UCGGUAUACAGGCUGAUUAUUACCUAGAUGGCGGGAAAGGUUGACAAGCAGAUCGUUUUAUAACUUAUUGUAAAAACUUGAACAACUGCUGAUCGCUAGAAUUUUAACAAGUUUUAAACGCACACAAAUACACACAAUACAUCAAAAGUUUUUCUUGGAGACAUAGCUCAGGAUAUGAUUUGAUUUUAGGCUGAGAUUUAGCGUGAUCAAAAAGAGAGAUCAAGUAUGGAUGAACCAGAUGGGGAUCUUGUGAAACAGGAAGUUAUUACUACCAAAGAGAUCAGAGAUAAAGAAUUAGAAAAAGAUGGAGGAAGGAAAGAAGAAAAAUUAGGACAAGAACUUAACCAGGAACCAGAUGGAAAUCCUGCAAAACAGGAAGUUGUUAUUACCAAGGAGAUGGUACAAGAAGAGGAAGAAUUAGAAAAAGAGGGAGAAAAGGAAGAAGAAAAAUUACGUCAAGAACAUGACAAGACUUGGCAGGACUUGAAUGCUGAGGACCGAGAACAAAGAUAUAAAAGAUUACAGUUUCUACUGAGUAAGAGUAAUAUGUACACACAGUAUUUACUCUCAAGGAUGGAAAAGCAGAGGGAAGAACAAACCAGAAAGACAGAAAGAAUCAAGAAAAAACAAAAUGAAGAUUUACAGAAAAAACAGAUGGUUAAAAGUGAUACUAAUGGAACUAACAAUAACAAUUCUUCCAAGCCUGAAGAUUUGUCAACCCACCUGUCGCCAGUGUCUUCAUGUUCAGAAAACACAGAUAAAGCUGAAAUAAAUGAAACUACUGAUGGUUCUGUUUCAUCACCAGGUCCAAGGAGAAGUACUAGAGGCAGUAAACCUAAAAACUUUGAGGAUAGUCCAAGUAGUCAAGGUCAUAAAAGAGGAAGAAAAAGGAAAGCAGAUUCUACAGCAAACUCACCAAAAAUAUCAGAAGUUUUCAAGAAACAAAAAACAGAAGAGAACAAGACAGAAGCGGAUGAGUCCAUUACUCAGGAAGAGCAAAAAGAUAAAGAAAACUGUGGGGAAAGCUCAAUUCAAGUAUCCAAGGAUAUUUGCAGUGAUGAUAGAAUAACUCAAAAAAGUGAUUUUGUAGAUUCUCAUAUAGAGAAAGAUGGAUCAGGAUUGGAAGAUGAAGAUUCAGGAAUACCUAAAUUGUUUACAGGUGGAGAAUUGCGUGAUUACCAGUCACAAGGUUACAACUGGCUGAAGUGUUUGUAUGAGAAUGGUGUUAAUGGAAUUUUAGCUGAUGAAAUGGGUCUGGGUAAAACUGUACAGUGUAUAGCAAUGAUGGCUCAUUUAGUAAAUAUGGGAGUACCUGGUCCAUUUUUAGUUGUAACACCUUUGUCUACACUACCAAACUGGCAGUCAGAGUUUCAAAGAUUUGCUCCAAAGGUACCAACAGUACUUUACCAUGGAAACCAAAAUGUUCGACAUGGAUUAAGAAGGAAGAUAUCUAAACGUUAUACAAUCAGACAAGGUAUUGAAGUUAGACCAGUUGUCCUUACUUCUUAUGAAAUGACAAUAAGAGACAGACAGUUGCUACAGAACUAUGAGUGGAAGUAUCUGAUAGUUGACGAAGGACAUAGAAUAAAGAAUACUAAUUGCAGGUUGAUUAGAGAACUUCGUUUGUACAAAAAUACACACAGACUUCUUUUAACGGGAACUCCACUUCAGAACAAUUUAGCAGAGUUAUGGUCACUGCUUAACUUCCUGUUACCUGAAAUAUUUGAUGACCUUGGAAGUUUUGAAGAUUGGUUUGAUGUAGGAAGAAUGUGUGGAGAAGAUGCUGACAAAAUGAUAGUUAAAGAGGAACAACAGAAGAAUAUUCUAUCAAUGCUGCAUCAAAUUUUAACACCAUUUAUGUUAAGAAGACUUAAGCAGGAUGUAGAUUUGAAAAUUCCACCAAAGAAAGAAAUUUUAGUGUAUGCUCCUUUGUCAGCAGUCCAGUCAGAGUUUUAUGAGGCGACUGUUAAUAGAACUGUCCUGAAAAUGAUUGAAGAAAAGAAUACACCUGUAGUAAAACCUGAAGUAAAUGAAAAUGGACGUUUGGUGAGGAAAUCUAAGAAGAAAGUUCAGUAUGAUUUAAUGAUGGCUUCAGAAAAAGAUUUAGAUGAAACACCAAAGAAAAAGAAGAAAAAUAUAGAAAAAGAUGAAGAGGAGUUGGAAAGUUGGGUUCAGGCUAUCAUUGAUUCUCAGGAGUCUGUUGCAGCAAAAAACACAAUUACAACACCCAAAACAUCUCAGGUGACAGUACGUUUGCAGAACAUCAUGAUGCAGUUGAGAAAGUGUUGCAAUCAUCCAUACCUCCUUGAGUAUCCUUUAACGGCAGAUGAACAAUUUAAAAUUGAUGAAGACCUUGUGUCUUCCUGUGGAAAAAUGGUGUUAUUAGAUAGAAUGCUUAACCACUUAAAAAAAGCCGGACAUAAAGUACUUAUAUUUUCCCAGAUGACUAAGAUGUUAGAUAUCCUAACUGAUUAUUGUUAUCUGAGGAAAUACUCUUACUGUCGUUUGGAUGGAGGAUACUCUCUGGAUGAAAGAAAAGAACAGAUGGAUGCAUUUAGUUCAGACAAAGAGAUGUUUAUAUUCCUUUUGAGUACUAGAGCAGGAGGGCUUGGAAUUAAUCUGACGGCAGCUGAUACAGUUAUCCUCUAUGACAGUGAUUGGAAUCCACAGUGUGAUCUUCAGGCCCAGGACAGAUGUCACAGAAUAGGACAAACUGAACCUGUUGUUGUGUAUAGAUUUGUUACUGCUAACACUAUUGAUCAGAGAAUUGUGGAAAGAGCUGCGGCUAAAAGGAAGUUAGAAAAGAUGGUUAUUCACAAAGGAAAGUUCAAGACUGGUAUAAAAGAUUUUAGUACUGAGUUCCGACCUCUUACUCCACAUGAAUUACAGGAUUUGCUGAAGAGUCGAGAUCAUCAGAUGGAAAUGAAAGGGAAAGAUGAGAGAUCUGGUAUCAGUGAUAAUGAUUUGAGGAUUAUGUUGGACAGAUCAGAUUUGAUAGAAAAGUGGACUCAUCAGAAUGCAGACAGUAUUGAUAAAGGUAAGUUGCACACAAAGAAGACAUCAACAUCAUCACAAAAAGAAGUUCAAGGACUGUUUAAAGUGAUAGACAAUGACAUUAACCAGGAAUCUGUUUCCGAAGAAGAAGUAAAAGAACUUUCAGAUAUUGCUGGCUUAUCUUAAAAGGAGACAGAAGAGAAAAAAAAGAACACUUAGUUGAUAUGAAAUAAGAUCUUGUUUUUGAGAAAAUAAUGUAGCAUUCCCUAUGUUAGUGAUUAGAAGAUACAUCAUGUAAAGCUUAAACAUCUUAAAAGGCCAAUUUUACUCAAAAUAUUGCAUCUUUGUCAUCCUACCUGUUAAUUCUUUAAAAACUAUUGUGAUAACAAGUACUUGUUUUUAAAAGUGAAUAUCUUUGAUGCAAUUACUUCAAUGGUGUUUAUAAUAUUUUUAGUGUACAGCAUUAACCUAACUGUAUAUAUUUUAAUGCCUGAAAGCUGAUGUGAGCUAUUGCAAUAAGGCCCCAAAAAAUGUUUCCUGCAAUAAAGAAUAGUGAGUUGG